AUGGCAUCAGACGAAUUAGCUAACAAAUUGGAAGAUACAACUCAAUCAUUAUAUGAUUUGGCUUUGGUGAUUUACAAUUUGGAAGAUACAACUCCUCCAGAUACUAUUCCCGAAAAUAUUAGCACUUUGGUGAAUCAUCUUAGGACACUUCCUAAGAUUGCUAGUAAGACAAACGAACCGAUUUCUCAGGAUGUGCUUGAUUAUGUUGAACAAGGUCGGAAUCCCGACGUAUAUGCGCGACAAUUCAGUGAGUUAGUGCAAAAGGAUAAUCAGUAUGUGCACGGAAAAUUUAAAGUAAUGGAAGAGUUUCAACAGACUCUAGCUGAAGAAAUAACUUCAGCUUAUCCCAAAUUACGAAACCAAGUGGAUGAAAUUCUCGGACAGGGUUCUAAACAAGACGAUGCUUCCUGA